AUGUUUAUCUCACAUAUGUCUGCGCCUCCAAGUAUCCCAACAAUAACCACUCCAGGUACAUCUUCCACCAAUACACGCAGAGUCGCUAGACGAGCUUGUUUGUCGUGUCGUGAAAAGAAGAUCAAAUGUAACGGAGAACCCAUGACUACUAUAACAGCAGCUGACGGUACCAAUAGAAUCAUACCCGAGAAAACCAGAACAUGUUCCAAUUGCCGAUUUUUGGGUAUACCAUGUGUGUUUGUACAAAGUAAUCGUGGUGGGAAAAGGAAAAAGCGUUCGACAGAACACCAACUAUCUGAUUCCGAAGCAACAACUGCCCCUGCUACACACCCAAAUCAGUUAGGUCAACAUCAGCAAUUACCACCAAUAAAAAAAACCAAAUCAACACCUUCAAUUCACAAUCUCGACAGUGGAGUGGUGAUACCUUCAAUCAAUCAACAACAAGAGAGGCAUCAAGAUGGAUAUCGCAAUGAAGAAUUGGCGUCUACCGAAAGAGUCAGCUCAUAUAUUUUAGACGGAAAUAACAGCACAAAGUUACCAUCACCGGUUUUAACACAUACCACAUUUGACUCACGAAGGGAUGAAGGCCAGAGAUUCAAUAAUCAAUUACGCCGAUCUUCAACUACAACAGCAGGUUUUCUGUUACCACCACCCCAAGAAUUAUUGGGAAGAAGACUGGUCAGUUAUUCCCCUGGACCUUCUUCAAUAAAGAGCCAAUUGCCUCACUUAACGUCGUCGUCGACCACAACAUCCAGUGUGCAAUCACCUCCACCACCACCACCACCUCCGCAACCACCCCGUGGAAUGGGCAUACAGUUUCAUGAAGCAAGUCACCAACCAGGCAUAUUUCCUCCUCCUCCUCCUCCACCACCGCCGCCGCCACCGCAUCCCGAUCACUUACAUCACCAGUAUUAUGGCUACCCACCACCACCGCCACCGCCACCGCCACCUCCUUUGCAUCAUCACCAUCAUUACCCGCCCUCUCAUCAUCCAGGAUUUGGGUUCCCACCACCGCCACCAGGUCCACCAGGUCCGCCAGGUCCGCCACCUGUACCACCACCACCUCAUUAUCACCAAUCGGCACCUCCAGAAUCUCCACCAAAAGAAUUUAAACAUCGACAUCCAAAGUAUUUUCAUAAACAAAAUAAUAAAGGACAUCGACAUCGACAUCACCCACACCUACAUCAUCACCAUCCUCCUCCUCCUCACCACCACCACCACCAUCCCCGUGAUUUCCAGCAGCAUAAUGGACAGGAUGACAUAAAAUCUAAGCAUACUGAUGAGAAUAGUCAAAAUUCAAAACCGUCACUGCCACGAUGGCUUGAUAAUAUGUCAGUUUCGUCCCUGGAUUCAUCUAGAUCAGUUUCAUCUCCCCAAAGUCAGCAUAAUGACAAGUCACAAUAUUCUAAUCACAAGUCAUCUACCCAGAUGAGUAGUUGCACUAAUUCUGUAACACAAACACUCGAUAGACUACCAAAGAUAGUCUCUACUCAACAAAAUAAUCUCACCCCAACUUCAAAAAUUCUUUCAAACAGUCCAUUUACUGAAUCAGAAUUGGCAAAAUAUGAUUUACCAAAAUGGGAGGUCCUUAAUAAAAUAUUUAAUUACUAUUAUAUAUAUAAUCAACCUAGCCAUCAAAUAUUCCCUGGGAAAGCAAUAUUACUUGAAAACUUGGCAUUAAAUACCGACAGUUCAAUUAUUCACGCCAUUAUUGCUACCACAUGUUUGAUAAUUUCCAAAUAUGAUUCCUCCAUUAAUAUUGUCGCUGAUGAAUUGUACUGGAUCAAUAAAAUGCAUAAAUUUUGGGAUAAUUUAAACGAUUUAGGGAUACUAUGUUGCUACAAACUUUUAGUGAAAUGUACUUCAAUUCGAUUCAAUAUUAAAAAGAUGAACGACAUAAAUAUCAAACUUUGGGAAAUGAUCAACAAUAAUCAAUAUGUCGAUAUUUUCAAACAGAAAAAAUUUGAUUUUCAAGAGUCUAGAAUUAUACCCACAUUCGGCACCAAACGCCAGAAUUAUGAACGAGAGUUAACAUUAAAGAUUAUAUGGAGUUUUUAUAUCAAUAAUAUUAUUUUAUUACGGUUUAAUCAAGGAAGACCAUAUUAUAAGUUGUCAUCAAUUAUGAAUGGGUUUAAGUUUGAUUAUGAUCGUGAUCAAUAUUCUAAUAACAUUUUAUUGCCAAUGAGUGAUAUUGAUUAUCUCUCGUUGAAAUCAGCUGGUAAUAGAGCCAAUUGGAAUCAAUUAUAUGAAAAAUCGCAUAUUCCAACUGACGCCACUAGUUUGAUUUUGAGUCUGAAAAGUUUUGAGAAUUCAUUAUCUAAAUUAUCUAAUAAAGACAUUACGUUUAGCAAUUUAAUUAGUAAAGAUGAAUUCCAUGUUGAUUUACGCAAUAAAUUGAAAACAAAGUAUUAUGAAAUAAUCCAUGAUGAAAAAUUGGUUGUUAUAAAUACCAAUUAUUGGUUUUCAAAUAUAAUUUUACGAUUGUCAGAGUUAAUUCAAUACAAUUAUAUUUUAUGUGAUAUCAUGGUUUUCAAAAUGUGCAAAUAUGACUGGAAAACCGAUUUAGGAUGUAAUAGUGAUGAUCGAGGCGACAGUAAAGAUACCAACACCACACAAGGUGAAAAAUGUCGGGAUGCUGAUGGAAACUCGAUACAACACAAGGAAGAUUACAAGGAUUCCGUAAGUAAUCCUGGUUUAUUACAACAUCCUUUGAUAAGUGACGAAAUUCAACUGGUUGAAGGUUUAACUACCAAAUUGAAAAGCUUGAAUAAUAAUGAUUGGAAAAUCUUAAUUGAAAUGAUCAAAUCGACCAACGAAUACGUCGAUUUAAUAAAACUAAUACCACUGUCCGAGUAUACAGACUAUUCUAUUGUUGUUGGGCCAACAACUUUUGACGACAAUUAUAAUAACGAAAAUGAAACAACGAAAAGAUUUAGGAAUCUAAUCAACAAUUCUUCAGAGUGGUGGAACAAACAAGAGUUGAAAUCCUCUGUACAACAGUCUUGGGCUAAAUUGCCUAUAUACAUAUUAUCAUUUACUUCAAGGGUAUUAUCGAUAAUUUACAGUUUAGCAGUUUUGACGAAAUACAUUAAAUUCAAAAAGUCUUUUAAAUCAGGCGAUUUGAUUGUUGAAUUUCUUGAGACAAACGAAGUUAGAACUAUUGAAGGUUGCAACAUUAGUGUUCUACAACAGAAACAGAUGUCAGAUGUGUAUGAGAUUUUCACUGAAAUUCAUAUAUUGAGUCAAUUAUUUGUUUUAUGUGAGUACGUUAAAUUCAAAUUGAGUUAUAGUAAUGAGGAUCUUGCUGCGCUUAGUAUCCAACGAUUAAACAAUCUAAAUCAACAUCUCGAUGAAGUUUUACAACAAAACUUUACAAAAAUAAAACCGGAAUAG